AUGCUUAUCACCACGCCCGCGACCGUAUGGAUGAACGGCAAGGAGUCUGGCCGCGCUGUGCCUGGCUCGCUCAUCAUGCGUCGUGAGGACACCGUUGCCUGUCCUCAGGCUGCCACCUUGCCUUGUGCUCGGUCCAAUCGUAUAGCAGAGGGCAGGGCGGGUCCAACGUCUGGGUCUGCCUCACCCACCAUCCCUGCUCCCCGGCCGUCCUCUGCAGUUCCUACUCCUGCUGCGGGGGGGCAGACGACUCGAAAGCGAGCAGCCCAACAAGCGCCCGCCACUGCCUCGCCUUCACUCCCAAAGAGAGUUGCCUUGUCCUCAGGCACAGGCACGGAGGGUGCUCGUGAGCCAAGCUCCUCUGCAUCGCCUCUUGCGUCCCCAGUGCCCUCUAAUAUAGCACCCUCUUCCAACCAGUCCGUGUCUAGGGGCGCCGUGGCCGUUCCUACUUCUUCUACAGCUCCCAGGCCCACCUCAGGUUCCGAUGCAGCUACUUCCCUUGUUGGGGCUGCUCCUAGGCAAUUGGUUGAUCUUACGACAGCUACCACUCCCGCUAUCGUUAAUCGGGCCCCUGUUAAUGUUGCUGCUCCCCCGACCCCCAGAGUACUUCAGGAUCCCUCUCGCGGUAAGGAUGCACCCACGCUGGAACGUCCUUCAGUCCCUACUCCUAGCAAGGAGCCCGGAUCGCUCUCGCAUCCAAACGCUCACCCCCUUACCGGUACUCAUAAUACUGCCGCUCCUAUUCCUACCCAUCAUAACGCUGCUUCUACCAUUUUAAACCAUUCUUCCUCCAUUCCCGAGCCCUCGGCGCCACGCGAGCGUGCUGUGACUAUCGAUCUUUCUCAAUUACUGCACCAGCUGAACAUGUUAGGCCGACAUUGUACUACGGCGUAUCAAAAAUGGCUUGUCGUCGAUGAAAAGUUUGUUAGCAAUGAUCUUAAACUGGAUGACAUGCAUGAUACUAUGCAUGACAUAUUGGCCAGGAUUGAUUCCAAAAUGGAUGACUUGCAUGAUAAAGUGAAAAGCGACCGUGCCGAGUUUAGACGCAUCUUGAGCGAACUUUCCACCAAGCACGAUAAACUGAGCAGCGACGACGACGAGUUCAGGUGCAUGUUGAAGGAAAUUUCCACUAAGCAUGAUAAAUUGAGUAGCGACCACGACGAGUUUAAGCGUAUCCUGAAGGAAAUUUCUACCAUGGCUGGCCGCAAUAUGCAUACCACCUUUCGUCUUCAAGAGCAGAUACACCAGCAAGCCGCUGCUCACGCUCGGUUUGACGCACAGCUUGAUAUGAUCUUCUCCCGUCUGCCUCCUGGCCCGUUCUCUGGGUUUAAUUCUCAAGAGGAAUUCCAGCGCGCACUACAUUAA